ACUAGGCCUAGCAUCCAUCCUAAAGGCAAUUAAUUCAGUUAUCUAUCGGGCAGGGGUGUUAAUCCCUAGCCCGAAGUAACCUUGGCCCACUGGAGGUCACCCCCCCAGAUCAAGAUCCCAAUAUCUACCUACGAAGUAAGGUGUAGGUAGUUUGUGUUCUAGACACCUUACUUCUGGGCUGCUUAUCCUCGAGUUUCUUUCCAUUAUUUUCAAUUAACCUUCAUUCGUAUAACAAGAUCACCGUAUUAAGAUACGACUGGUUGAUGUGCUGGCAAGGAAAUCUUGAUCGUCCCAAGGUUGACGCUUCUGCACAACGACGAAGCGACAAACAUUGCUUUGCUUUGAACCACCCAGUUCCCCACAAAGACUUCUAUUCUCAUACGGGCACAGACAAGCACUCGUCGCGAAACGCAGAGUCUCAUCUCGUUCUCGCCUACAAACCAGCUUCCAGUUUGAUAUUAUAACAUCAUUUUCACGCAUCAAAUCCGAACGCAAACGACAAAAAUACCGGCUGUCGCUAUAUCAUAACAAACGAGUCCCAUCGGCAGGUCGUUCUGCAUCGCUUUGGCUAAAGGGCAUGACCUCGAGUCGCUCGUCGCUAUUUUGUCAAGACAACGAUCCAACGACUGUGCGUGCGACACAGCGAAUGCCAUGGCUACCAUUGCUCUCCCCCGUCCAAUCCCUGCCCACCGAGCCUCCUCGGGUCUCUCUCUGAGCUCGUCGUCCAUUGCUAUAGACAGCAUCAACGCGAACCCAGUACCGAACAAGCAUCUACCAGUAUGCCCUCCGGGUCCCGUCCCAAGAUCCGCUCCUCACCCUCACGAUAACCACCCGCCAACGCUCGAGACACUCGAUUCCGACCAUAAUUCCGUCAACGAAUCUUCCCAAUCGAUUCUGUUUCCUCCUGAUGCCUUCCCACGCUUUAGCUCUGCCGAUGGCGGCAGCCUUAUCGUUUACCAGCUCACCCCCAGAGACAUAGCCGACGCUCUGGAUCAUAUUGCUAGACAACCGUUGCCAGACCCUUCGGCAGUCUUCCCAUGGCUGCACGGACUGCACCCCCAGAACCACAUCCAGCAGGCAUUUUUUGUCCAGCGCCGCCGUUCUCUACGCCGGACGCCGCAUUGUCUGCGCAGCGUGACACUCGUCAAGGCGGACGGUGAUCUCAGCACCUCGCGGCUUAAAGGGGCCAUUGCUCCUCAAGAGUUUCUGCAGAGUGAUACGGCCGAGUUUAUCGAUGUUGAUCCCAAGGACGGCUUUUCCGUCCGCAACUUUCAGAUUCAGUCGGCGAAAUCGGCCAUGACUUCAGACAUAGUAGUAUACGGCGAUGAUGAACCCUUGGUGCGCAAGGUCGGCUGGGACAUAGCCAAUGCGCAACAAGCUUGGCGCCAGAAACAUAUAGACCAAGGCGAUCUGGCACUCCCAGAGUACAAUACCUUUGUGUGCCUUUCGCGCUUUUCCAGCUUUGAGAAGAAUCACCCGGAGAUAGUGGCUGUUGAUUCCGGCGGCCGCUUGACCGGCAGAGUCGUCGAUCUCUUUAGUCAAGAGAGGAGAGAGAUGUACGCCAUGACCAAAGCUUCCGAGAUUGCACCAAAUGUUUUUCUCGGCCCAACACCUGACCCAUCUACGGGUGAGGAUCAGGACUACGACAUCUUUAUAGAGUGCAACGACAUGGCUCAGCUGAGCCCAGUCUGCCUCCAGGCAAUCGUCGGGAUUCCUGAUGAGGUGAUACAGCAGGUCUUUUUGGAAUUCCCAUCAUCAGGGUCAAUUCUGCCACCAACUUGGUCACAGGCUGAAGCAGACGGUAUUCUGGACACAUGUAAAUGGCUUUAUCACCUCGCCCAAGGAACCUGUCCGGAUCCAGUCGAUAUCGACAACGGUGAAGCUAUGACAGGGGCCGGCAGCCAGUCAAAAUUUCCACCGCGAAAGAUUCUCAUUCACUGCCAGGAUGGGUACACUGAGUCGACGAUGCUUGCGAUUGCAUAUGUUAGCUACGCGACUGGUAUGCCAGUCCCCGAAGCGUGGCUGCACUUGCACACAGUCAAGAAGCGGAAUUUCUUUGCGUACCCGACAGAUGUUGCCCUGUUAACGGCCAUAGCGCCCCGGCUGUUAUCUGCGUCACCUGUUCAUGCAGAAACCGCUAGCUUAGCAGAAAUGACUGCAAUGUUGAAGAGCGAACGGAACGAACCGAAGUGGCUGGCCGGACUCGACGGGUCUUUGCCGAGCAGGAUCUUGCAUUAUAUGUAUCUCGGGAACCUCGGCCAUGCAAACAACCCCGAUCUUCUGCGAGAACUAGGUAUCGGUCAGAUCUUGAGUGUUGGAGAGACGGCAAUGUGGCGUGAUGGCGAGCUAGAGCAGUGGGGACCAGAAAAUGUCUGUAUUGUCGAGAACGUCCAAGACAACGGUAUCGACCCUCUGACGUGCGAGUUCCAACGUUGUUUGGAAUUCAUUGAACGAGGCCGCCGCAACGGUACAGCAACCCUUGUCCACUGCCGCGUGGGCGUGUCACGCAGCGCGACAAUCUGUAUCGCCGAGGUCAUGAAGGAGCUGAAACUUUCAGUGCCGCGGGCGUACAGCUUUGUUCGCGCGCGCCGCCUGAACGUCAUUAUCCAGCCACACCUGCGCUUCGCCUACGAGCUUCUCAAGUGGGAGGAGCUCUUGCAACUGCACUGGAACGGCAAGAUCCAGCGCGAGCUGGAGUGGAGUGAGAUCACACGCGAGAUCGCGCUCAUGAACCGGCCGUAUGCCCGAUGAUUUCCAGUUGUUUAAGAGGAUGCGUAUUGCACUCCCCUCUAAUUUUUCCCCCGAAACUUGAAAGUGGAAGGGCCAUUUUCAGAGCCCAUCUAAGCAGAAGCAGUAGCUUUCUCGUUGGUGUGGUGUGUGCUUGACGACGAUACGAGAAAAAAAAAAGGUUUCACGAAAACCCUUCCUCUUCUUCUCUGGGUUCUUGGUUUCGUUUGACCGAUUCAGCCGACAGAACCCGGAGCUCUUUUUGCUUUCUUGCUCUAUGUGUGGCAGAGAUGACACUCGCUAUCACGGCGUGGCUACCAAGUGUUUGUACAUGAUUUUGAAGGAAUCUCGAGGAAAGCGUGGGGCGUGGGGAAAUGUCGUGGGUUUUUUUUCUCAAAUUUGCGCCUUGGGCUUGGGAUUUCUUUUCGGAUUGUUUCCCUCUUGUGUUAGUUCAUCUUAUUUGGGUAUUUACUGGGGAAUAUUUUGUGGAUUUUAUGGAAACGGCCUUUCUUACGAAUGUAUUGUUGGCGAUAUUCAUGACUCGAUAUGGGGUUUUCUUCUCCCACAACUACAGCUACGACUGCAACUAUAACAAGAUCUUGCCUGAUUUAGGUGGUUUGGAAACAUUGGCUGGCUUCUCG